AAAGUAUAAUGACAAAGGCAUUCUAUUCUAUUCUAUGUUCUGCUGUGCUGCUGCAGGCAGUUCAAUAAUUGCAUUUCCAAAUAACAGGCCUCUGUUUUAGGUCAGAGGCCACUGUUGAGAAAUAGAUGAGUCCUCUGCUGCAUCAUUUGCACUGGUUGUGCACUCACGGGACUCCCAUCGCACCAACCCCCUUCUUUUUUUACGCAUGCACCAUCUGCUCACGUGAUCUGUGUGUUGCUGUACCCAGCACUGCUGUCAGCCAUCUUGGUCAACACCCACCCCAGUACAUUCACUGCGGUGCACAGGCAGUCCAAUCAGAGCAGAGGGGUGAGAAGCUGGCCGGUGGAGGGCUGUGUGAUUUCCAGCACAGUGCUCUCUUGCAUUUUAAACCCCGUCUUCACAAAAGGGGCAACAAGAGUUUCAAAAGGAGGUGGAGGAGGAGAGGGAACGGCAGCCUUCCCCAAGACGGCAGCACAUUUCACUCACUUGUAGGAGGGGGAAGAGAAGGAUGCAGACAUAAAGGCGAGGAGACGCGGCACGCUUGGGGGUUUUUUUGUGCACCUUCACUGGCCUUUGAGACAAAACUCCACUCUGUUUUUUUUCCCUCUGUGAUCUUUGUUUUCUCAUCAGCUGAGUCAUCAUGUCUGAUCUGACGCCUCAGAGUGAAACCCCAACUCCCACCACCGACAAGAUCACACAGGCUGCCAGGGAGACCAUUUAUCUCUGCAAUUUUCGCGUCUCUGUCGACGGCGAGUGGCUGUGCCUUCGCGAGCUCAAUGACAUCUCGCUCACACCAGACCCAGAGCCGGCUCAUGAAGAACCCAAGGAUCCCAUUGCAAUAGAAAGGCUUAACUUGAUGAACAUGGCCAAACUGAGCAUCAAGGGUCUGAUUGAGUCGGCGCUAAACCUGGGGCGCACACUCGACUCUGACUACGCUCCACUCCAGCAGUUCUUUGUGGUGAUGGAGCACUGUCUGAAGCACGGCUUGAAGACUAAGAAGACCUUCUUGGGGCAGAACAAGUCAUUCUGGGGGGCAUUAGAACUAGUGGAGAAGCUGACACCAGAGGCUGGAGAAAUCACUGCCAGUGUGAAGGACCUGCCCGGCCUGAAGACUCCUUUAGGAAGAGGACGUGCGUGGUUACGAUUGGCCUUGAUGCAGAAGAAGCUCUCCGACUACAUGAAGACCAUCAUCAACAGAAAGGACCUGCUCAGUGAAUUCUACGAACCAAAUGCACUGAUGAUGGAGGAGGAGGGCGCCGUCAUCGCUGGGCUGCUCGUGGGACUAAAUGUCAUUGACGCCAAUCUAUGUAUGAAGGGAGAAGACCUGGACUCACAGGUCGGAGUGAUUGAUUUCUCGAUGUACCUUAAAGAUGGUGGACACAGCAGUAAGAGUGCAGAGGGUGAUGGUCAAAUCACAGCCAUUCUGGAUCAGAAGAACUACGUGGAGGAGCUGAACAGACAUCUAAGUGCAUCAGUAAAUAACCUACAGGCCAAAGUGGAUGCCCUGGAAAAGUCCAACACAAAGCUCACAGAAGAACUUGCUGUGGCAAAUAACAGGGUCAUCACAUUACAAGAAGAUGUGGAGAGAGUAAAAGAGGAGAGCUCCUAUCAGCUGGAGUCCAGAAAGGCUUUAAAAAAUGACACAGCGGCGGAUGGACAAGCACUGGGAGAAACACGGAAACAGCUCACAGAGAAAACUUUGCUCCGAUUGGAUGUGGAGAAGGAGCUGGAGGUGCAGAUUGGGAUGAAACAGGAGAUGGAGCUGUCCAUGAAGAUGCUGGAGAAAGAUUUCUGCGAGAAGCAGGACACUCUGGUGGAGCUCAGGCAGCAGCUGGAAGAACUUCGUGCCAUCAACCAACAGCUUACCCACAAGUCACAGAGCACUGACGCCAGCUCCAAACAGAAGAGUGAAGUCAUUGUUCGCCUGGAGGAGAAAAUUAACCAGAUGUCAGGGACUGUGAAACAACUGGAGACCAGUGAGAAACAUUUGGUGAAACAGGCCUGUAACUUGAACUCGGCAGCAGGGAAACUGCUGCAGCUACAGCAGUAGCAGAGCUUUCAUAACUGAAUACAAACAUAAAACCCUGCUUAAUGUAAUAGAAUAACCAAACUAGGGUGUUAUCUUUUUUCUGUACGAUGCUCCUCUAUUGUUAAAAAUAAAAGCAUCUUUGCCACAACCUGCAGUGGCUCCAAAGCAUCAGCUUUGAAUAGUGUGGACCCGGUCGACCCUUUUAGCAGCUCCUGAAUCCUUGUUUGCUGACAGACAUGUUCAUGGUAUCAGAAUAAUAUUUUUUAAUUUGGACCCUUAAUGCUUUUCAGCCAUGGUUUGCGACGACGCUUGGGGCCUGAACGUCCACUUUAGACAUUAUUCUAACAUAAAGGACUGAUGAUGAUGAUACCGUGUGACACAUCCUGGAUAUUAAGGACUAGCUGUGAUGAUGUGAUUUAUUAAAUCUCUUCUACAGACUGUGAUUAAAUAUUUUCUAUCUAACGCAGACCAGAUGGUUAGAGACUGAAUAUUUUGGUUUGUUUUUUGCUCAGUUUUAUUGUCAUUUGUUAAUCCUCACAAGUUGAAGAUCAAUACAGGAGACACGGGACAUGAAGGGC